CUCCCCGCGGCCAGGCCCCGCGCCAGGCGCACGCUCGGCCCAGCCGUCCCCGACAGCCGCCGGGGCCUGACUGAGGCGGCAAAGAAGCGCGGGGCGGGCGGCGGCGGCGAGGAGAGGAAAAGCAGGCCGGGCAUCGUGGCAGCAGCACCACCAGCGAGCGGCAGAAGCGCCCGAGGCCCAGACCGCCACCUUCCGCCUGCUCGAUGCUGCACCUCCCGGAGCUGCAUGAGGGGCCGGUAGAAGCCUGCGAAGAAGGAAACUUUCUCGACGGCGGCGGCGGCGGCGACAUCGGCGGCAGCGCCAGGAUGGACUUCCCAUCCGCCCAACCCAAGCCUCCCCCCGACGGCAAGAUCAUCUUCUACCCGCCUGGAGUGAAGGAGAUCACGGAUAAGAUCACCAACGACGAAGUGGUCAAACGCUUGAAAAUGGUAGUGAAAACCUUUAUGGAUAUGGACCAGGAUUCAGAAGAUGAGAAACAACAAUAUCUCCCUUUAGCCUUGCACCUUGCGUCCGAAUUCUUCCUCAGGAACCCCAACAAAGAUGUCCGUCUCCUUGUAGCUUGUUGUUUGGCUGAUAUAUUUCGAAUUUAUGCCCCUGAAGCACCGUAUACUUCACACGACAAGCUCAAGAACCUUAAUAAACAGGCCUUCGACCUUGCAAAAAUCCUGUUGAAAAGAACAGUCCAAACCAUUGAGCCAUGCAUUGCCAAUUUUUUUAAUCAGGUUUUGGUACUAGGAAAGUCUUCUGUGAGUGACUUGUCUGAGCAUAUAUUUGAUCUAAUACAAGAACUUUUCGCUGUCGAUCCUAAUCUACUGUUGUCUGUCAUGCCACAGCUGGAGUUCAAGCUGAAGAGCAAUGAUGGAGAAGAACGCUUAGCUGUCGUAAGGCUUUUAGCAAAGUUAUUUGGUUCCAAAGAUUCGGAUCUUGCAACACAAAAUCGUCCACUUUGGCAGUGUUUUCUUGGCAGAUUCAAUGAUAUUCAUGUUCCUGUGAGAUUAGAAAGUGUGAAAUUUGCAAGUCAUUGUUUAAUGAACCAUCCAGAUUUAGCAAAAGACCUCACUGAAUACUUAAAAGUCAGAUCCCAUGAUCCAGAGGAAGCCAUUCGCCACGAUGUCAUUGUCACAAUCAUCACUGCGGGGAAAAGAGAUCUUUCUUUAGUCAAUGACCAGCUCCUUGGCUUUGUCAGAGAAAGGACCCUGGAUAAGCGGUGGCGGGUAAGAAAAGAAGCGAUGAUGGGACUCGCUCAGUUGUAUAAGAAAUACUGCCUUCACGCUGAAGCCGGAAAAGACGCAGCAGAGAAAGUCAGCUGGAUAAAGGACAAACUUUUGCACAUAUAUUAUCAGAAUAGCAUUGAUGAUAAGUAAGUGAAUGGAUCUGCUCUUUCAUCCUCUUUUAACGACCCCGUAACGCC